GGACAGACCGGAGAUAAAAAAAAAAAAAAAGAAACCAGGUUGAAAAUGUCGGGCCGCUCGGUUCGAGCCGAGACCCGCAGCCGCGCCAAAGAUGAUAUUAAAAAGGUGAUGGCGGCCAUCGAAAAGGUCCGCAGAUGGGAGAAGAAGUGGGUGACCGUGGGAGACACGUCGCUCAGGAUAUUUAAGUGGGUACCAGUUGCGGAUACCAAGGAGAAGAGCAAAAGCAAAGCCAAUGGAAACACAGGGAGAGAAGUCAAGAGGUUCCCUACUGAUUCAGCAGCGGAAAGCAACCGCUCUGUCCUGCUGGACUUUCUGGAUGAGAACAGUAACCAGAGCUCGCUGUCGGAUUCCUACCAGCCCAAAGUGGACAGCAGCAGCAACUCGAGCCCCCAGCCCAGCGAGCCGGUGAGCCCAGCCCACACCUUGGACUUCCGGACAGACGACUCGCAGCCUCCCACGCUGGGCCAGGAGAGCAUGGAGGAGCCGUCAUUGCCGACCUGUGAAGUUGCGGAAGAGCCUCCCACACUGAUUAAAGAGGAUCUCUUACCACUGAGCGCUCAAGUGGCGGAGGAAGACUAUGAUUCUGGGGCGCCUCCUCUGAAGAGAAUUUGUACAGAACAAAACUCAGUCCUCCAGCCUGUAUCACAGAGCUAGCUGCAUUAUAACUGCAUUGGUUAUGAUUUCUUGUUCAUGAUGAACACAUUUUAAGGCUAUCCAUCCACAGUACAUGCGACCGGGAACCCCGACUGCCCUGGACUGGAGGGACCACCAUCCAAAAUCAGUUUAAUUCAGUACCCAGUCCCACCCAAUGCUCUUUUUUUAAAACUGACUACUGAAGAUGUGGUGAAUUGCACAGUGUUGGUUUUGUGAGAGAGACUGAGCUGCAGCCCACCAAACCCAUUUUACUAACGGUCUAUGAAUCCAGGGUCAAAAUGUAGUCUUCAGAGGGUGGUAUUUGUUACUGUGGAGUUUUAACAAUGCUCUGUUGCCUGAUAUAAACGUAGAUUGUAUAUAUAUAUAUAUAUAUAUAUAUAUAUAUAUAUAUAUAUAUAUAUAUAUAUAUAUAUAUAUAUAUAUAUAUACUGUACACACACAUACAAAUGUUUGAGAAAUUGUUGAAUGAAAAACCUUAGAGGAGCUGUUUUACUGGUUUAUGCAUAUGUCACGUUUUACCUACUGUGAAGUGUGAGUAGAUGAUGAACAGAAAAUACCUUCUUUAUCAAGCUGUGUACUCUGAGGUGCAAGUUUUGAAAUUGUUUCAGCAACUGUACAAAACUGGUGAGAAUCAACCUCAGGCGGUUAACUAAAGGGGCACCGUCAGAUAGGCAUCUCUUAGUUUUCAGAUCAGCUGAUCACGCUGGGAGUGCUGAUGCGUACACGUGGAUCGCUGCCUCACGGAUUGCCCAGGUUGAUUUCAUUUUGGGAAGUUAGCAAACCCAGCGGGUGAAAGCCCAAGGUUCUCGUACGCUCCCUGUCAGGGAGGAUGGGGACUUGCUGUUUUUUAUUAGCCCUGCCAGGUAUGAGAUGAUCAACUAGUGAAUGAACACGGCUUUCAGUGCCUUCCGCUAGUCAGUGAAGACAGUGCUAGUGAAAACAGCAAGUGCAGCACUCUGCUUCCCUGCCUCCGAACUCUACAUGUGAUAUCAAGAUGCUGUUUGUUUUUGUAACACAAAUCAUGUAUGAAGUAACUAGUAUUAGCUCAAAUGUAAUGUAUUGUUUUUAUUUUAUUUUAAAUCUGCUAAACACCCUCCCUGUUUGUUGUAAACUGUGUGCAGGGUGAUUUUUAUACAUGCCGAAAAGAAAAGACCUUUGGGGAAGCUAUAUAUAUAUAUAUAUAUAUAUAUAUAUAUAUAUAUAUAUAUAUAUAUAUAUAUAUAUAUAAAUUGGAUUUUAUUGAAACUCAGUAUUUUGCUAUACUUGCAAAAAAUCUUUUUUGCAAGUUGAUUUUAUAGAUUUUGUUGAUUGAAGACGUCUGCUGCUUUACAGACCCUUGAACAUUUUACAGGCGCUUCGUGUGUGAUAUUAUCAAUAUAACAAAAAGACCGUUUGCAGUAAGCGUAAUUGCCUUUUUAGUUUGAAAUGAAUUGGCUUUGAAGACGCCAUUACCGCUGCCUGCUGCAGCAUGGUCUGCUUGCUGGUACAGUAGAUUGUGGGGUCGGUACAAUUCAUCUAAAAGAUGGUGGCUCUGAAUACCACUGUUGUCUGAAUAAUUGUAAAAGUUGUCUGGGAAAACCUGUGUGUGUGUGUGUGACUCUAUUAAGGGCAUUUUUCUAUUUCAAUUAAGUACAUUGUCAGGUUUGUUCUCAGUGUAUUCUUUAGUAAGCAGGCCAGUCACUGAUUAUCUCAUUUGAAUAGACAGCUACAUGUUUAAUCUUCAAAUAUAUGUUUAUCUCACCAAUAAUUUACUGUGAGUGGAUAUCCACAAACCACCAGCAUCGUACAAUCAUAACUGCCAGCAGAAAUACAAUCGACGAGUUCACUGCGAGGUACCUUUACCAUCUGUGACUGUCCCAGGUGGCAUUGCAGUACUACAUGGCUGUAAAUCAAGCCAGACCUGGCUUCUGACUGACAGCACGACUGUCCACUAAGUGUUCAACCCAUGGCACCACUGUGUUUUAACAACAGCAUGUUUCUGAUUUUAUGAACAUUGUUCAAACAAGGCUACUGAAAGAUGCAUUUUAGCACUGUAUUUUAUAAAUGACAAUAAAAACUAAUGAAUAUA